UGGCAAUAGUUAACAUGUUUCUUCUGUUUGUCUUCCUCAACCUCUGUACAACACUAGAUACAACACUCGGUUAAUUAAAUAAAUUAAAAAGAUCGAAUCCUGUCAAGAUAUUCUAGCGUAGAGGCUUAUUCAGCAACAUUUUCCAAGAACUUGAAGACGUUGUGACAAUAAGUGAUGGAGAUUGUAAUACUUGUGUCGCAACAUGUAACGAAAAUGUAUUUGUAUCUGAAUUCAUAAACGUCGUGUCCGGCGAGACAGAACACGUAGAGUGUAUAAAAACUGCGGAGAAUUCUUCACAAGUUCUAUUGUCUGUAUUGUUUGGAAUCAGUGCCGCGUGCAAUACAACCUAAUUAUUUUGUGCUGGUCGGUCAUUCAUGGGUUUACUUUUUCUAUGGUAGCAUAUCUGCUUGGAUUUAUACUUAGAUUUAUCAUCUGUUACGCAAUGGAUACUUAUAAGUAACGCAAUAUGCAUUAUCACACGCGUCAUCAAUAUGGAAUCUAAUAUCUUUACUUAUGGUGAUGUUAAUCAAACUGGCGUGAUCAUAUCUAUUGAUCAAGUGAACCCUAAUUGGGCAACACUUGGAGUUAUAUUGCUAUGUGCCUUUUUGUUUUCUACCAUUUUUGCAUUUGGAUUAUACGGAAACAUUUGCGUACUGAAUGUCGUGCGUAGAGGGCGGCAGUUACAAUUCUCGACUCGCGUACUCUUUGGGCACCUGUCCGUCUGCCAUGUUCUCGUUUUAUUGAUCGAUGUUCCUGUUAGAACGUUAACUAUGAUAUUCAACCUUGAUCCCAAAGGAAUAAUCAUCAACCGUCUUUUUUGCGGAAUAGUUGGUUUUUCAGUUGCUAUUUCGGGCGCAUGCGCAGUAUGGACUUCAGCUGCAAUUGCAACUGAACGCUUCAUUGCUAUUUACUAUCCGUUUAACUUCAGGCGAUUAGUUUCUCAUCGGCGAAUUCUAUUUGCAAUCAUAAGCAUGUGGUUAUUUUGCUUGGCCAGUUUUUCAAUGUUACCCAUAACUGAAUCAGAUGUACUUGUAAUGGCGGUCCGACUCGACAACGAAAGUAUAACCUCUGAGUCAUUGAUAACGAUAGGAUCUCGACAUUGUGUUUAUCUGAAUGAUAUGUCAAGUUUGUUUACUGUCAUCUAUUACACAUAUCUUUUGUUUGCUAUGCUUAUUAUUCCAAAUGGCAUUACAAUAGUUUGUUAUUUACUAGUAAUUGUUAAAUUAAGUCGGAAAAAUAUCAACGAUGUUAUUGGGAAACGUUUAAAGGAGAACAGAUCGUUUGUAAAAAUGAUGGUUUGCAACUUAAUAGUUAUGUUUCUGUUCUGGUUGCCAUUUGUCUAUUUUCACAGUUAUCGUCUGUUUGCCGGAGACCCGCGUUUUUCUCACAUUAUGUUUUACUUUGUUUUUGUCAUUCUUUUGAUAUUCAUUGGAUUUUCUAUUACUCCCUAUAUGUAUACAUGUUUCAGUAGUAAUAUCGGAAAGAUGACUGUAGACUCGAUUUUGUGGUGUCGAAAGCAUGAUACGCAGAGCUUUAGGCAGACUACGCUUACCCGAACACUGCAGACGACUGCAGACUCAACUGCGUUUACCACCGAAUCUUUGUGUGCACCGUCAAAUGGCGGGCGAGAAACUGAGAUAUUUGGUCUGAGAAAUGUAGCAAAUGUUUAAACAAAAUGAGGGAAUGUUGUUGGUCUGAUGGAAUUGAUACGUUCGUAAAUUAUUUUACAAUUAUUUUGGGGAUUUCGCAACCUUACGAAAACGAUAGCGUGGUGGUACCGGGUUACCGGGGUAGCACAGACACGAAGGGACUCUUAGGGGUGAA